AUGCUUCCAGACGAUGUAGGUAUUGAUCAUCCUGAUCCCCUCUGUGAGCCACAAGCAAUUCGAGACACAAAGCCAGAGCCCUUCUCUGCGAAGGACCAGAUACGUAUUCCUUUGCGAAUAGUUCAAGGCGGCAUGCUGUCCUCCCCGCAACUGGAGGCUGUUGCCUUGGCAUCCCGGCGCUUCCAACAGCGGUUGCCCUCAGAUGCUCGCUGCGGCUUUCUUCUGGGAGACGGCACCGGCUGCGGCAAAGGUCGCUGCAUUGCUGCCCUGAUCCUGGAUCAGUGGAAUGCUGGUAAUCGCCGGCAUGUGUGGAUUUCAGCCACGGCUGACCUUUAUCAAGAUGCAAUACGGGAUCUACAGGAUCUGAAGACCGGGAUUCCAGUAUGUAACUUGGCAAGGGUCAAGUCGCGUGGAAAGCUGGACGCGGCGCACAGCGCAGAUCCAGAGCUGGCAAAGCUGGGAAAGGCCAAGGAUGGCGUCUUAUUCCUAACCUACGCCUUGCUCGUCUCAUCAGGAGGGACUUCCAAGGGCGCGUCCCACAUCUCCCGCUUUCAUCAACUCCUGGGAUGGCUGUGCCACCGCCAGGAAACAGGAAGCGGGCUGAUUGUUUUGGACGAAGCCCACAAGGCCAAGAAUUUGGAUGCUGGCACUCGCUGCGCAGCUUUGGUCGAGGAGCUCCAGGCUUCCUGUCCGAAUUGCCCGGUGCUAUACGCAACAGCUACAGGCGCCACGGAAGUCUCGCACAUGCAGUACAUGGUUGUUGAGAGGGGCGGGGUGACAGCCAUGGAGCUGGUGGCGGUUCAGCUGCGGCUGCUGGGCGCAAUUUCCUGCCGAUCCCUGUCCUACAGCGGCACCAAGUUCGAGCUCUGCACAGCUGCGCUAAGCACUGCAGAAAUCGAGCAGUACGAUGCCGCGGUCGAUCUGUGGUACGAUCUCCGACAACACAUGGAGCUUCUCGAGGACAUGGACAUGUUUGGCACCCAAAACCUCAGAAGAAUGAUCGAAUCUCAAUUCUGGGCAGCCCAACAACGCUUCUUCAAAGGCCUGCUUGUGGCAGCCAAAGUGUCCAAGGCUGUUGAACUUGCACAUGAGGCACGUCAAGCAGGGGAAGCAGUUGUUCUCUCUUUGUGGACGACGAACGAAGCAGCCAUAAACAGGCAUCAGGGCAACGGUGAUUCUUUCGCUUCCGGGCCAGAGCUUACAUUCGAGCAGUUUGUGCAGCACCUUCCCACGAGCAAGGGCGGUCAGGACAUGUCUUGGGCGGUGGAGGCAGUAGCUGGCCUGGUUCAUCGGCUGAAGCAGCUCAACCUGCCGCCAAAUCCCUUGGAUGAGUUGAUCGCCCGGCUCGGCGGGCCUUCUCGGGUUGCUGAGAUGUCCGGCCGAUCGCAGAGAAGCUACAAGGACCCAGCCACUGGGGAGGUAAAGCGCCAGCCACGCCAGGCAGCUGCAACCCGGACACGCACGCAGGGCACAGCGGGCUUGGAGUCCGUAAACGUUGCGGAACAACGUGCCUUCCAGACGGGCAAAAAGCUUUUCGCGAUAAUUACAGAAGCUGCGUCGGCUGGCAUUUCACUUCAUUGCGACCGACGCGAAGUGCGCAAAGGAGCGCCGCCUCCAAGAACCAGACGCAUGAUUUGCCUAGAGCUGCCCUGGGCUGCUGACAAGGCUGUGCAGCAGCUGGGACGCGUUCACCGCUCCAACCAGCUGCACCCUCCCAAGUUCACCUGUGUUGUCACUGACUUGGCUGGGGAAGCGCGCUUCGUGUCUGCAGUUGCCAAGCGCCUGGAGACCGCCGUGCAGGCGCGUCGGUUGUUUGACCUCAUGCCAGUGGCUGCUGGAAACCAGCAAGGUUUUGGAGGGGGCGGUGACUCUUUUGGCUUUGGCCGCCUGGACUUGAUGAGCAGCAAGUACGGCGCAGCGGGCUUGAGCAAGGCCGUAGCAAGCGUUUCACAGAUGACACCUCACAUCCAGAGGUCUCCACCCCCAUUGUCCCUUUCCAAAGCAUUCUGGAAGGAGGGUUUCUUCGAGCUCUUGUCAGCGCACGUGGCCAAACUGGAGGAUGCGGAUCGAAGAGAUGGCCUUCUUGACAAUGGAGUCGUGUGCCCCACCUGCAUCCUGCCCAGCUCCCAGAAGUGUGUGGGGCUUGAGUUGCGCCAUUUGCGCCUGGAGCGUGGCAUAAGCUUUGAGAUGGCCGAGCGAAUGCUUCGGCAAGCACCCAAGGACGAGGAGCGCGCACAAGGUUUCUAUCUCCGUCCCUUGGAGACUGCCGCGUCUGAAGCCUUGCUGGUGCUUCGCCGAAGGGUCACUCGAGAUGGCGGUGCUUGCUACACGUUGAUCUACCCGCACGACAGUCCCAAGAAUCAGAUGGAUGGCAACACUUGCACACUGAAGCGGCUCAGAUCCAGUGCCCUGCUCGCUGUCACGGCUGAUGAAGCGCGAGAAGCUUGGGAGCGGCAACACACGGACUCAGCCACACAGUGCAUCCACCGUCAACGCAAGCAUCAUUGUGGAAACAGUGAGUGCAGAGCAGGAUUGCGAAACCUCAUUGAAACCAUGCUCACCGGACAGAUCCUGGUACACUGGGAUUUUCUUUGCUCUCUGCUUGGCGAGAAGGGAACAUCUUUGAUGAGAUGUGAGCUGAUGAGUGGUGCAGUGCUCAUUGGUCUCAUGAUCCCCCGGGCUAGUUUGGCCAUGGUCCGGCGCACAUUGGAGGAGCGUGCCCAGGUUUCCGAGCUUCCUCAGCCGGAGAUGCGGGGCCGCGAAAAGCUGGAGCCCAAGAUUCAAACGAUGUCCGUGGACCUCAGUGAAGCGUGUUCGGACUCCGAGGAGUUACAGAUAAUGGAGGAGGUGGUGAACGUCCCAGGUCAUCAGAUUGAUGAUAGCUACCGUCCUGCCAAACGACCUCGCCAUGUCAUCGUGCCCAGCGAUGACGAGCCUGCAGACUAG